AUGGAGGCUGCGGCCAUGGGCGCGCCCAGCUUCCUGAGCCCCGGCUGCGGGGCCUCCGCGCUGCUCGGGGCGGCGGCCGUGGCGCCGCCUUCGGCGCUGCCGGCGGAGGAGGAGAUGCCCCCCGAGGCCAGCGAGGCGGUGCUGGCGGCGCUCAAGGACGAGGCCCUCCUGGCUCGCCUGGGUGAGGAGGCGAAGGAGAGAGCUCUGCACUGGGACGAGAUGGCUUAUGGCAGGCGUUUGCUGGAGAUCCUGGCGAACACCGCGGGCGUGAGCGCAGGAGAUGAGGAUGUGGCCAAGCGCCGCAGAACAGGAAGCAAAUGA